CAGCGAGAGACCUCGGGACGUCCUGACGCGGCCGGCGGUGCUGCGCGGGAGAGCAGCGGUGCAUUGCGGGAAAGCGAGCUUCGACGGGCGGGGGGAGUCCGCCUCCGCGCGCACCCGCUAGAGGCGGCGCGGUCGGCCCGCUCCGCGCGGGGCAUCUCGGGAUGGGCGUGCUCAACAUGGCCGUGGCCGCUGGUCUCCGGCUCUGCCUGCCAAGGACGGCGGCGACCAACCCUCCGGUACAGCUAUAAUGGCGAGGCGUCGUGCGAUGACGAGGAGGACGACCAGCCCAACGAGUCCAGCUGCCGGCCCACUAUGACGAGCGAAGACCUGCUCCAGCCUGGACACGUGGUCAAGGAGCGCUGGAAAGUGGUCAAGAAGAUCGGCGGCGGAGGCUUCGGAGAGAUCUACGAGGGCCUCGACCUGGUCACCAAAGAGCUGGUGGCGCUCAAGCUCGAGUCCGCCAAGCAGGCCAAGCAGGUGCUCAAGAUGGAGGUGGCCGUGCUCAAGAAGCUCCAAGGUCGAGAGCACGUGUGCCGCUUCAUCGGAUGCGGCCGCAACGACCGCUUCAACUACGUCGUGAUGCAGCUGCAGGGCAAAAACCUGGCCGAGCUGCGGAGGUCGCAGCCCCGCGGCGCCUUCUCGCUGAGCACCACGCUGCGCCUGGGGCUACAGAUCCUCAGGGCCAUUCAGAGCAUCCACGAGGUCGGCUUCCUGCACAGGGACGUGAAGCCCUCCAACUUCGCCAUGGGACGGCACCAGCACAACUGCCGCAAGGUGUACAUGCUGGACUUCGGGCUGGCCCGGCAGUACGUGACCACCACCGGGGAAGUCAGGCCCCCCAGGGCGGCCGCCGGGUUCCGGGGCACCGUUCGCUACGCCUCCGUCAACGCCCACCGGAACAAGGAGAUGGGAAGGCACGACGAUCUCUGGUCCCUGUUCUACAUGCUCGUGGAGUUCGUAAACGGGCAGCUUCCGUGGCGCAAGAUCAAAGACAAGGAGCAGGUGGGACUGAUGAAAGAGAAGUACGACCACCGGCUACUGCUCAAGCACCUCCCAUCGGACUUCCGGCAGUUCCUGGACCACAUCUCGUCCCUGGAGUACUACGACCGGCCGGACUACCCCGUGCUGGCGGGACUCUUCGAGCACUGCAUGAAGCGGCGUGGGGUGCGGGACUGCGACCCCUUCGACUGGGAGAAGGGUUACGCCGACAACUCGCAGACCACCACGGCGCCCGCCCUCACGCCCACGCUGGGGUCGAGGCCCGCGCAACCGGGGAGCGCUCCGCAAGGUGGUGUCGGGGCCACGGAGAACCAACUAGAAGAGAACGUGAUGGCCAGCUACGAGGAACGUGCGGACGAGCGGCAGCCACAGCAGCAGCCCCAGCCGGCGAGCAGGGACGGUGUCCCCCCGGAUGCCCACAUCCGGCCCCCGUGGGAGGGCCUCAAGAGGGUCCCCGGACCGGCCCCCGCCGCCCUCACCGAGAACAACAACCGGAACAACAACGUCCUGUCCCGGGAGGAACUGCAGAAGAUCGUCGUCAAGGAAAAGACGGCGGAUAACUCCGGCGUCGAAAACGGCCACGGCAACGAGACCAGCGAUCGGCCACAGCCGCCUCCACGGAUACAAGUGGACGCCGGUCCUCCCGUGGCACCUCAGGAGGCACCCGUGGGAGAGCCGGCUCCGAUUCGGCAAGAACUGCCCCUCAAGCUUCACGCGGGAAGCAACUUCGAGGAGAAGCCCACCGACGAGGAAGGCGUCAUCCAGGAGCCAUCGUCCAAAGAGCCGGCAGAGCAAGCCCCGCCCGAAGAUGUCCCCAAGGCCCCGGCAAUCACGCCUCCUACAGACCCCAAGGCUCCUCCGACGGAACAGCGGCAGUACCGGCGGCUGCACCGCAGGCCGUACCACCGCGACGUGUCCCUCACGCAGUUCGCGGUAGCAGAUGACGACAACAUCUCGGCGAUGCAGCAGGUGACCAAAGGCGCCGCGGCCGCCAUGACGCUGGCCUCCAAGUGGCAGGCCUCUUUCGACGACAGUGAGGAGACCGACCACGACGAGAUGGACGACAACGCGCCGUCGCCCGAACACCGCGUUCUCAAGCGGGACUCGUCGGGCUUCGCUCUCGAGAAGCUGGCCCCGGUCAAGGCGGCCGGGCAAGAGGACGACGAGAGGCGGAAGCGACUCGAAGAAGGUCGCAUGGUCAUCCUUGAGGACUCCAAGCAGACCGUGCGGCGCGCCCUAUCCCACAAUCCAGCGGGCUCCGAGCGGCCCCCGCACGUCACCCUUGCGGGCUUCCCGCUGCAGGGCCCCGUGCCGCUCGGGCUACCGCGCGUGUGGAGCUGUCCAUCGAUGGCCUUCCACAUCAGGUCCCACCUGCAACCGCCGCUGCGCCAGCAGGCUUCGUUCGAUGACAACGUGUACGAGGUGGACGUGGCGCGAAACGUGGCCGCGCGGUCGAGCGAAGAGACCGAGGAGCGCCGGGCGUCGCUCCCUUCCAUCCACCUGCGCACGUCCGAAGAGGAAGCCCCCGAGGCCAGGGGUCCGGACGAGUCGGUCACCGAGAGCAGGUCCGUGCAGCGGUCGGCCAGCGCCCUGCCCCGGGGCAUCCUGAAGAAGCCCAGCGUGGAGCGGUCCUCUUCCCUAGGAAGCCGCAGGGACGACGUGUCUGGCGCCUCAGCGAAUGAGUCGAGGGACCCGCAGACCCCGGAGCGACCCUGGGCACCGUCGGCCAACGGCGUACUGACGCGGCUACAGUCCGACGAGCAGUCGGUCUACUUCGACGCCCCGGCGCCCAGGGAAGACCGCUGGUCCAUGGGCAACAUCGAGACCUCGCUGUGGCGCCAGUACCGACGCUCGGGCACCGACGCGGACGACGAGAACUCCAAGGACGAGUACGAGACGCCCCCGCGGGACGACCGCCAGAUGUCGGUGAUCAGCCUGUGCGAACUGCCCGAGGCCUUCCGGCUCCUGGGCCUGCACGACGGCGGCGGCGGCGGCCGGUCCGCCGACGAACUGCCGUCGCGGAUCCCAGUGGCACGGCGGAGCCUGCUGGCGCGCCGGCGGCCCAAGUCCAUGGUGGAGCAGAGCUCGCUAGGCGUGGGGCGCGAGGUACAGCGCAGCAGCUCAGCGGGGCUCGUGGUGAACGGCGGUCGACACCCGGGUGACCGCUGGGGUGGCAUCCUCCACGUGCCCGUGGUGGUCCAGCUCACGGCCACCGUCGGGGUGGACGACCCUGCUCCGGACAGGGGUGGCGAGUCGCGCAUCCCUCGGCCCCGAGCGCGUCAGCGGACCCCCGAGAGGGCCCCGGCGCCGCCCCACCCGGUGCCCAUGGCGCGCUCCUGGACCCCCCGGGGGGAGCCCCAGCCGCCGCCCGGAAACCCCCCGCCCAACCACUGCGUGCCGGCCAGGAGACGCCGGUACAGGCCGCUGUCCCCAAGCGACCUGCAGACCACGGGCAGCGAGUCGUCCCGCGGCAACUCCCCGGACUGACCUCGAUCCACGCCGGCGGCCAAUUCCAGUAGGGGCCCCGACCCCCAGCAGCAGCAGCCUCACACCGUGCUUUUCUAGUCAAUCUCUUCUAGUUCGCCCUCCGCGCUCCCGAGGCACGAGACAGUCUGUGUGCGUGUGUGUGACCCUGCGAGUGUCCCAGUCGGCCAGUGCCCGGAUGUUCCCGCGCACGCGCCCCGCACGCGCGGCGCAAGUUCUCCCAGUGUGCGCGGCAUGUGUGCGGUGGUCGAUGCCAGACGAGCGACUGGGCCCUCCCCGUGAAAUUCGUGUGCGUCGGUGUUUCGGACCGUGAGCCCGCAGGAGCACGGAGUUCUCAAUAUCCCAGAGGGCUCAGACGCAGGCAAGGUAUCUCUUCGUACAAGAAAAAAGGAUGUAUAGUGUGUUUUUAGGUUAUUGCGAAUGCCGUUGCCUCGGCAUAAAUGCUCUUCGUUUUCAGGGUCCCACCAGAAUCUUCGACCCACAGUCACACCGCUCCUAGAUCAUACAAAAGACAGGAGAACAUCCCUGCAGACAGUUUUUUUUGUAUGACCAGUAUUAUACAGGACCUUCGUGCAAGGAAGUUGCACGUCUCAGACACUCUCUGCAGAUCGUGUUAACGUACGAUAUGUGAGCGGUGUGGCUCUGGUUUUAGGGCGCGUCCCUCCCUCUAUGACGUCAAACUUUUACAAUUGUCCCGUGUUUUGGUUGUACGGGCUUGGUCUUGUGUUCAAACUUCCCAAAGUUUUGUUUUUUGCCGCAGAAAACACUUACGCGUUUUCGAGACGUCAAUUUCUGGGAGUCAAAUUAAUCACGAGAUUCCCGAUAGGACAUUUUAAGGUAAAGCUGUACAUUGCUGUAUGUUUCAUUUGAAGCGUGAGGCGGUGAAACUGCAUUAGAGUUCUAUUGCGGCUUGUUUCUUGUUGAGUUUCCGGCAGCUAAUAUAUUAUUUUGUUUUUUAAUAGUGUCCACCGGUGAUGUUCUUUGUAUUUAAUAAAUGCUUAUCUAUAUAGCUAUAGAUUUAAAACACCGCGCUUUUUCGGUACGAGAGAAGGUUUGAUCAAGAACGACUUGUACGGUUCUUGUUGAUAAAGUGGAAAUUUUAUUUCACUUGUCCUUUUUGGAAGGCUCGUUUCUCACCGGCGGAGGCCGCGGGAAAAGGGGAUUUCAAGCUCGACUACUUGCGGCGAUUUAAUUUUUAGUUUGUUUUUGUUUUAAAAUCAUCAUCGUAACUGGAUAGUGUAGGUUGACAAACUUCCAUGGACACAUCCUCGCAGAAGUUGAGCCCGUUCGCUCGCCCAAUGUUCGUCGCCAAGCGAUUGGAGCGCCACCCUCCUUUGCAGGCUGCGGCUGUUCUCUCUUCACUGUGGAUGCCGAGACCAGGGUGUAAGAUAGACAGGUGGGGAAACGGCCCAUAGAAGCCUACCGCAGCGCCGUGACCGGAUUGUGUACUCGUCUGCUUGCGGGUACCCCAGAUUUGCAACAGAUGGCGCUGCGGCGAAAGGAAAAAGAAUCGGAUUUGCGUGGAACUCUAUGGGAGAGUGCGCAAAAUAGACCGAGAGCACGACAGUCCUCCACUGAAAAUUCACGAGAAACCAUCUCUGUCAGUUUAGCCGGUCGCCACCGGUCGCCCACCCGGAGUGACAGUUCGCGGUGCUCCACACAGAUGGCGCCACAGAAAAAGAGAAAGCCGAGGGGUACACAAUCCGGUCACUCAUUUGGCUCUCGUUUCCCCACCUGUCUAUCUUACACCCUGGCCGAGACGUUCCUCAGGUUACAGGGGACAAAAAUAUCGGAGUUUAAAAAUGAAAUCUGUCUUGUUGAGAGUUUGUCAACCGAGUUGAUCCAGUAACGAUUAUUCGCACCCAUUUAUUUACCUUUACCAACUCUUCGGUGCGCCACCUCGCGGCUUCGGCAGGCGAUUUACGAGGGAUGUGGCCUGGGGCUUUGCGACGAGAACAUUCAUGCAUGUUCCUUGCACUGUACGUGCGGGUUUAUCUUGUACCAUUUCAUCCGUUAAACUUUCCCGUCGACCAAAAGAUACUGUACGCAAAACGAUCGGAGGCUCGGCACGAUGCAUUUAGAUAUAUCAUUUCGAGUGCAUAUUUUCUACUCGUACUAAUUCCAUCUCUGCCUUUAAACUAAAAAAUUGAAUCAAACAAUAAAGUUGACUUUUCUUUGUUAAUUCUUUCACAUGUUUAUGUCUAUGCAGUCUAUGCAGUAGCGCUGUUAAGAAAAUAAACUUGAUUGAUGGUGCCCACUAAUCUAGCCUUAACUCCUGUUUUUAGAAGAAAGAACAGCAGAAAAAAUAGUGCAGCUUGCACCUGUCAUUUACUGGAAGUUAGCGCGGUGGAGGUACCAUGCAAAUGAGAAUUAAUUGCCGAAAAAAGAAGAGUUCCAAAAUUCAGGAAUUUAUGCUUAUUUGGUCAGUUGUAGAGCAAUUCUUGAAAGAAUGCUCGUUGUAUGUUUACGCUUUUUUUAAUUAAAAAAAAUUCUAUAAUGUGAUUCAGAUCCGCUUGAACAGAAGAAUUGAGGUACCUAUAAAAGAAAAAUGGCCAUACCACUUUAUACUCAAAAACGUGUGAAUCAUAUCUAGUUACUACUUUGAAAUAUCAGCGUUCAUACCUUUAGUGCUAAGUUCAGCCACUAUAUUCUGCGCGACUUUAUUCUACGCGAAUUUCGUCCUCUCGUACGCAUCACAACUUUUUAAAUCAGAUAACGGCUGAAA